AGACUGUUGCUGUUAUUCUUCCAAUUUCCAUGGAGUCACCAACCCAAACUUCUCCACUCCUCCCGGGACGGUGGCGCCGCUACCUCCCCAACCUCUCCUGCGCCACCAGCUUUGGCCUGAAGACCUCAGUCUGGUCCGAACUAGGGGGAUCCGUGGGUGACCUGGGCACCUACAUCCCCAUCGUUCUGGCCCUCACCUUGGUCAAUCACCUGGACCUUGGAACCACCCUCAUCUUCACCGCCCUCUACAACAUUAUCACAGGCUUCCUCUUCGGCAUCCCCAUGCCCGUUCAACCCAUGAAAGCUAUCGCCGCUGUCGCCAUUUCCGAGUCCCAAACCCAUCUCACCGUCCCCCAAAUCAUGGCCGCUGGCAUCUCAACCGCCUCGGUCCUCUUCCUCCUUGGCGCCACAGGCCUCAUGUCCUUCUUCUACCGUUUCAUCCCCUUGCCCGUUGUUCGUGGCGUCCAGCUCUCACAAGGCCUUUCCUUUGCCUUCUCAGCCAUCAAAUACAUCCGUCACGAGCAGAAUUUCGCCACCGGAAAAUCGGGCUCUGCUCGCCCCUGGUUGGGUCUCGAUGGUCUCAUCCUUGCCCUCUCGGCACUCCUAUUCGUUGUCCUCACAACGGGUUCUGGCGACUCGGUCAAUGAACCUGAACUUCCUCUCGAUUCGGGAGAACCCGAUCGCCCUCGCCGUCGCCGUCCGCUUCGAAGGCUACGUAUCCUAACGGCGAUUCCAUCAGCGCUUCUUGUAUUUCUCCUGGGCCUGAUUCUUUGUUUCGUUCGUGAUCCUUCCAUUGUUAAGGAUCUCAAGUUCGGGCCUUCGAAGAUCCAAGUGGUUAAGAUAUCCUGGCAUGACUGGAAGACCGGAUUCGUUCGAGCAGCCAUCCCUCAGAUUCCACUUUCUGUUCUAAAUUCUGUGAUAGCGGUCUGCAAAUUAUCGGCUGACCUGUUUCCGGAGAAGGAGGUAUCGGCCACGGCCAUCUCCAUCAGUGUGGGAGCCAUGAACUUAGUGGGUUGUUGGUUCGGUGCAGUGCCCGUCUGCCAUGGCGCAGGGGGGCUGGCAGGGCAGUGCCGUUUUGGGGGACGAAGCGGUGCGUCUGUGCUGUUUCUGGGGAUAGGGAAGCUAGUUCUGGGGCUUGUUUUUGGGAACACUUUCGUGAAGAUACUGGGUGAGUUCCCAAUUGGGAUAUUAGGAGUGCUCUUGCUCUUCUCUGGGAUUGAAUUGGCAAUGGCUUCCAAGGACAUGAAAACCAAGGAGGAGUCCUUUGUGAUGUUGAUUUGUGCUGCUGUGUCCUUGACUGGUUCAAGCGCAGCUUUGGGAUUCGGCUGCGGGAUUGUGCUGUUUUUGCUGCUGAGAUUGAGGGAAUUUGAUUGCUCUUCAUGGCUCUACCAAUCAAAAGGUUCUAGUGAUACUGAUACUGGUCUUGAUUCUUAGGAG